CCCAGGCAUCCCGCCGGCGAUGGCCUCGACACCCCAGUGAGCGGCGAAAGUACAAGGACCGAGUCCCCCCCAGCACCGCCACGUCCCCCGGGAAAGCCAUGGACGCCCCCCUGGAUGUGCCCGUGGGGAACCUCAUCGAUUUUGCUGCCGAAACACCCCCCUGCAUCCCCUCAGAGCCCUCUCCUCCCCCUGUCCCCAGUGGCAAUGGGCACCUGGGGGAUGCGGGGGACGCGGCCGGGGAGGAGAGCGAUGCCACCGAGUCGGCGGACAGCGAGAAUGACAUGGGCGACUCUCCUGGGCACUGGGGUGGCUACCGCCGCUCCUCCUCCAACGAGUCCUUCUCCUCCAGCCAGAGCACCGAGUCGGCCCGGGACGAGGCGACGGCUGAGCGCCGGGAGUUCAUGCGGCACUACGUGGAGAAAAUCUUCUCCGGGGGAGAGGAUUUGGACCAAGAAGAGAAAGCCAGGUUUGGGGAGCUCUGCAGCGGCGAGAACGGGAAGGGCAGGGAGUGGUUUGCGAGAUACGUGAGCGCCCAGCGCUGCAACUCCAAGUGCGUCUCGGAGCAGACCUUCUACCGCCUGAUGCAGUCGUUCGCCCUCGUGCUCUUCGAGUGCCACCAGAUGGAUGACUUCAGCCCUGCCAAGAACCUCAUGACCAUGUGUUUCACCUACUACUACGUGGGCAAGACCCAAGUGCUGCCCUUGGAGGCCAAGGAGAAGCCCAUGGGCAGCAUUGACUCAUACCUGAAGUCGGCAAACAGCUGGCUGGCAGAGAAGAAGGACAUCGCAGAGCGGCUGCUGAAAAACACAUCGGCCAAGACGGAGAACGUAAAGGGCUUCUUUGGGGGCCUGGAGACCAAGCUGAAGGGUCCUACCACCAAAAAGAGCGACGAAGGUGAGGACAAACCAAAGGAGAAGCUGAAGAAGACGGUUUCCGUGCAGAGCCCAGAGGAGGAGAAGAAAGGAGAGAGGAUCUACCUGUACAUGCACCUCAAGCAGCAGCCCAUCUGGCACAACCUGCGGUUUUGGAAUGCCGCCUUCUUCGACGCCGUGCACUGCGAGCGCAGGAAGCGGUCCCCCACCACCAGGGAGAAGUGGUGCCACAUGACGCAGGAGGAGCGGGACGACAGCCUGCGCUUCAAUGAGAACAUCACCUUCGGGCAGCUGGGCACCUUCAUUCACAACAUGCUGGCGUUCGGCCUGAACAAGAAGCUCUGCAGUGACUUUCUGAAGAAGCAGGCGACCAUCGGCAAUUUGGAUGAAGAGCAAUACAAGCUGCUCAGCGACCACAUCGAGCAGAUGGCCACCGAGUAGCCGCCUGGCUGGCACGGCGGCAGGGAGAUGGUGGCCAGAGCAGGUGGGGAGGGGAGAGGAACACACCUCCAGGGCUACCUGAAACUGAAGCUGGGCUACUUAAAAAAAACCCCAGACAAACAAACAAAAAUCACACAGACAAGCUGCAAUAAAACCUGCAUGAUCGUCCGCCAAACUUUAGAGCUGCACCAGGGCAGCCUGUAGAAAUAGAAGGCAAACAGCCAUCCCCCUCCCUCGCCAGACCCUCCCGCAUCUAUUUUCAGAGUAGACAGUCCCAAAAGUGUAUUUUGUCAGUUAAAAAAAAACCAAAACCAAACAAAAACCAAGAGAAAAGCAAAAAGAGAGCAACUGCUGCAGCCCCGGUGUGUUUAUGGGAGCUGGAUCCCUGUCUCCAGCCCCCCCCGUGAAACUCUACCUGCGGUCUUGGGUGUUUCAUGGCACGAUGGCAGCGGGUGCAGAGCUGCCCGAUGUCUUUGCUGCUCGAUGUCUUUCCGAGGCUGCCCUGGGUGGUGGUAAAUCCGGAGGAAUCCAAGGCUGCGACUCUCCUGCUGCUUUUCCCCGCUGGGCGAAGCACAAGGGAGGCUGGAGCUGGACCAGGGAUGCGGGAGGUGAUGGCAGGGACCGCAUCCAGCUGUGGGGGCCGCAUCCAGCCACCGAGGGAAGCCACUGCCGGGGGAAGCAGCCGCCUCUGCCUCCGCUUUCGCCCAUCUCCCUCCGUAGCGAGGCACUGGGUGCUCGCAGCGCCUGGGUUUGUCCUGGAAAUGCAGGAGCCGGCUGCUGAGGAUGGUGAUGGGAUACAGCAGCCGACGGGAGGCUCUGGGUCAGUCUGGCAACAGGUUGUGUUGUGUUGUAUAUCCAGGGGUGUCACCGUCGGCCGGGGAUGUGGGCAGUGCCGGGGCUCACUGGGAGCGGAGAUAGGGCUGGCAAAGUGCUGCUGCCUUCCUCGGUAUAAGGCUCCUUGGGAGCCGGAGGGAAAUCCUUCCCUUGGGAAACCUUCCCUGUGCUGCCCAGGUGGUUUUGAACCUCUGGGCAGAGAGAAAACACAGUUUGCCCUGUAUCAUU